ACUACCUCUACCCAUCUACCGGCGGGUUCUCCGCUGAUCUUUGGCGUUUUCAUUAUGCGCAAAUUCAAGAGAGCUACAUGAUACAGAUGAAUGACUGAAUCCAGAUUUUCUCGGGUGAUAUUGAAAAGAUUACACACACAACAAAUUUUCUACAAUUUGUAAGACUUUUUGUAAGGAAAGAUCAUCAGCAACUCAAACUAAAUAAAUCAGCUGGAAAAUAUUCAUCAUCAACUAAGACACCACCGAGGACCUAAAAUAAGAAGACUUGUCGUAAAAUAUUUGCUGUAGCGCACCUCAAAGCAAGUGAAGAUGUCUGCCCAACUAUGACUGAAUCUUAUUAGAAAAAUAACGAGUAAUUGGACAACAGUUGUGUAAACAUGUUCUCAGCCUAGAAUCGUGUAGCAAGAACAUCAAUUAAUAAGAAUAGCUUUCAACCAAAAGUAGACUUACACUGAAGUUUCUAUACUUAACUUAGUGUGUGACAUUUGUGGAAAAGACUCCUCACUAUAUUGCAUCAUGUACGAACAAACAAAAAACCAAAUAGACUGUCAGCAACUUCAAGAUGAAGAAAAACAAUUCAUUUGUGAAACAUGUGGAGAGCCUUUCUCUCAAUUGAUCAGUUUUAAGAGACACAAGAUCCUCCACAAAACAAAGAAACAAUUUGUUUGUGAGCUUUGUGGUAAAUCUUUUAAAUUCAAAUGCCUUCUAACCACCCAUCAGCGUGUCCACACUGGAGAGAUGCCAUUUACUUGUGAUAUUUGUGGAAAAGCAUUUUCUGUGAAAGGUGGACUUAUUCAGCAUCAUAAAGUCCACACCGGAGAGAAGCCGUUCGCAUGUGACCUCUGUGGAAAAGCUUUUAAAUUCAAAAGCCUUCUAACUGUUCACCAACGUGUCCACACUGGAGAGAAACCAUUUGUUUGUGACCUUUGUGGAAAAGCAUUUUUAGUGAGAGGUGGACUUAUUCAGCAUCAUAAAGUCCACACCGGAGAGAAGCCGUUCGCAUGUGACCUUUGUGGGAAAGCAUUUUUAUUGAGAGGUGGACUUAUUCAGCAUCAUAAAGUCCACACCGGAGAGAAGCCGUUCGCAUGUGACCUCUGUGGAAAAGCUUUUAAAUUCAAAAGCCUUCUAACUGUUCACCAACGUGUCCACACUGGAGAGAAACCAUUUGUUUGUGACCUUUGUGGAAAAGCAUUUUUAGUGAGAGGUGGACUUAUUCAGCAUCAUAAAGUCCACACCGGAGAGAAGCCGUUCGCAUGUGACCUCUGUGGAAAAGCUUUUAAAUUCAAAAGCCUUCUAACUGUUCACCAACGUGUCCACACUGGAGAGAUGCCAUUUACUUGUGAUAUUUGUGGAAAAGCAUUUUCUGUGAAAGGUGGACUUAUUCAGCAUCAUAAAGUCCACACCGGAGAGAAGCCGUUCGCAUGUGACCUCUGUGGAAAAGCUUUUAAAUUCAAAAGCCUUCUAACUGUUCACCAACGUGUCCACACUGGAGAGAAACCAUUUGUUUGUGACCUUUGUGGAAAAGCAUUUUUAGUGAGAGGUGGACUUAUUCAGCAUCAUAAAGUCCACACCGGAGAGAAGCCGUUCGCAUGUGACCUUUGUGGGAAAGCAUUUUCACAAAAAUCAUACCUAACCACCCAUCAGCGUGUCCACACUGGAGAGAAGCCGUUCGCAUGUGACCUUUGUGGGAAAGCAUUUUUAGUGAGAGGUGGACUUAUUCAGCAUCAUAAAGUCCACACCGGAGAGAAGCCGUUCGCAUGUGACCUCUGUGGAAAAGCUUUUAAAUUCAAAAGCCUUCUAACUGUUCACCAACGUGUCCACACUGGAGAGAAACGAUUUGUUUGUGACCUUUGUGGAAAAGCAUUUUUAGUGAGAGGUGGACUUAUUCAGCAUCAUAAAGUCCACACUGGAGAGAAACCAUUUGUUUGUGACCUCUGUGGAAAAGCCUUUAAAUUCAAAAGCCUUCUAACUGUUCACCAUCGUGUCCACACUGGAGAGAAACCAUUUGUUUGUGACCUUUGUGGAAAAGCAUUUUUAGUGAGAGGUGGACUUAUUCAGCAUCAUAAAGUCCACACUGGAGAGAAGCCAUUCACAUGUGAGCUUUGUGGAAAAGCAUUUUCACAAAAAGGCCAACUGACAUUUCAUCACUGUGUCCACACUGCUGGAGAGAAACCAUUUAUUUGUGACCUCUGUAGAAAAGCAUUCUCGCUUGAAGGUCAACUUGUUCAGCAUUAUAAAGUCCACACUGCUGGAGAGAAGCCAUUUGAAUGUGACUUGUGUGAAAAAGCAUUUAAAUUCAAAAGCCUUCUGACCAUUCACCAUCGUAUCCACACUGGAGAGAAACCAUUCGUUUGUGAUUGUGGAAAAGCAUUUUCUGUGAAAGGGGGACUUGAUAGUCACCAUAAAGUCCACACUCGAACGAACCCAUUUGAAUGUAACAUUUGUGGAAAAGCUUUAAAAUGUAAAACACUUCUGACAAUUCAUCAUCGUACCCACACUGGCUUGUAAUUGGAGAGAAAUCAUUCUUUUUAAAGGCAGUGGACACUAUUGGUAAUUACUCAAAAUAAUUAUUAGCAUAAAACCUUAUUUGGUAA